AUGGAUACGGAAAUAAACAGGGUGCACGAAAUGAUUGACAAUGGAGCCUCCACACAUUCAUCGUCUUCUUUGCUCGUGCAAGCUUUGCUGUUAGUACUUCGGACAAUCUAUCGCGAUGCAUUCAGUCUGGCUGCUGUUGAGCAUUGGGAUAAUCUAUCAGAUCUUGCUGAAAAGUACAACGCACUAAUCUCUGCGAAAAGUAGCGAAGAAAACAACAACAUGAAAUCGUGGCUUGCAACUGUGUCUUCGCUUGACCUUGAACACAUCAGCAGAUUUCUAGCCUUCAUCAGCGAGAAUUUUCCGUCCAAGAACGAUCUUCCGCCACUCACAUGCCUUACUCGAGAAGUUUGGCGCGAGGCAAUGUUGCCGAAGCAAAGUCGAGCGCCAAAGAGAACAGACUGGCUGUCUGGAGUCAUACUGACCGCUCAUAAGGGGCCAUCAGACACAAAAUCUCUUUCACGUGAACUAGCUGUUUGCAGGUGCCCCGAAUCGUUUACGACAAGAUGGCGUUUGUGGCCACUGAGUGGACUUCUCCACUCGCUCUCGAUUCCUCCUUGA